AUGGCUUUUCGCGAGCUCACGGCUCUAGCAGCCGUUGUGGCGGUGACAGCGAUGUGGAUGGCAACGAGCGCCACGGCGCAGGCGGGCCAGACAUGCAGUGACUUGUCAAACCCGCUAGCGAACCUCGACUACAGCGACGCGGGCGUGAAGGCCUGCGUAGUUGCCCGGUGCGUCGCGACGCUGAACGCGACGCCCACCACAACAUCGAAUGGCUACUGCAACGGCGAGCCCACCUCUGAGUCGUCCGUCCCGUGCUACCAGCUGGAGGUGGGCUACAGUGCGUACUACAUCUGCCUGAUGCGCGCACUGCAGGGCACGACGACCCCAGGCCUCAUCGACGUUGGCGCUGCCGCCACGAGGUUCUUUAAUACUCCUGGCUUCCCGUACCACCUCUCCCUUCUCGGUUGCUACGCGUGCAACCACUUCCGCUUGACCGUGUUCCCGUCCUUGGGCAGCAGCUGCUCAAACUGGACCUGUGGCGCUGUCUCUUCCCAGAGCCCGUCUGCACCAGGGUAUGGCCAGCCUGACGAGGGCUACAACCACCGCCUGUGCAGCACGGGCUGCAUCGCGGGCAUCAUGAUGAUCCCCUUCACUGUUGCCGCGUGCGCCAUCUUCUUCGCUUGCGGUUGCUGCUGGCCGUCGCCGUUGCUAAAGACCACCUACAAGACUGUGCUUGAGGAGGAAGAGGAGAAAUACCGCAAGCGCCUUGACGAAAACAACCCGAGUAACCCAGUGGGACUCUACUACAGUGGUGUGAAUGAGCCGGCGCCAGCAGAGAAUCAGAAGCGCCACUCCGAGGUCGUGUUGGAGUACCCGUGA